AUGUCACGAGCUUCUUCUCGCAACGAUGAUUCGAUACAAACGCCACGUCCCGAUAGCGAGCCUGUGCUUCAGUCACAUCUAGUAUUGCGUCCUCCUACGGCCGACAGCAUCUCAAUCUCACAUCGAUUGUCAAACAUCUCAUCCGUGUCGGAAUGGACGAAGCGGACCAUCAGCUGCGUGCAGGAAGCGCAUAUAGCUGACAGUCUCAUGUGGUUCCGCCAUGGGGCUAAUAGUCCUGACGACAGCCGACGCGACGAAGACGACGCAUUCCGUAAAGACAGUGUUCUAGAUCGAGCGAACUUGGUCGCCGACAAAGGCUCCGCAGCGCAGGACGUCGUAGAUCUAACUGAUGCGAGGGCAUCUGCUGCAUGGAGGAAUCCCGAUCGGAGCUUGCCUAUGAAUUGGGGCAAUUCCCGAAAGUGGAUGCACGUUGUUGUGUUGAGCUGGCUGUCGUUCGUGGCGUAAGUCUCAUCCCAAGUCGACCGGAUCAAACGAUUCGAUACAUCGCGCACCGUGAAGAACUCUGUCUGACGCAGCUCAAGGUCUCUCGGGUCGCUAUGGCCAGCGCCAGCAACACCAGAGGAGAUGAAAGAACUCCGACUCCCUUCACGACCGAUCGUGGCUCUGACGGUGAGCAGUUACAUGCUGUGCUUCGCUUUCGCACCCUUAUUCCUGGUCCCAUUGAGUGAAUUGUACGGCAGGGUACCGGUGUACCAGGUGUCCAACAUUUGUCUCCUAGCUUUCACGCUCGGCUGUGCCUUCAGCCAGACGUACCAGCAACUUAUCAUCUUUCGCUGCCUCGCGGGGACAUUGGGGACGGCAUGCCUGGGAUUCGGCGGAGCAACGGUCUCAGACCUGUUUGACCCAACGCAUGCCGCAACACCGAUGGCUCUCUGGGCCGCUGGGUCAUUGCUUGGGCCUUUCCUGGGACCAGUCUUCGGGGGACAGAUUUCUCAAUGGCUGAGUUGGAGAUGGCUCUUCCGGAUUCUAGCUGGUGUUGCGUGCUUCAAUGUCUUUCUGUGUCUGGCCACAAUGCGAGAAACGUGCGAGGCCGUUCUUCUGGAGCGCAGAGUGGCCGAAAUACGGAGUAGUGGAGGGAAGAGGCAGCGUCUUAGCCUCCGUGCUGGCUCCAUGAUCCAUCCGGGAGUUUACGUUCGACGCUCUGUCCUUCGCACGUUGAAGUUGCUCCUCUUUCAUCCAGUUGUUGCAGCGGUGUCUUUCUCCAUUGCCACUUUUUAUGGAGUAUUCUGCCUGGCGGCCAUCACCUUGCCGUUCACUUUUAGCAGGAAAUAUGGCUUCAACUCCAGUCAGACCGGCCUGGCAUACCUCGCGCCGCUAAUCGGAUUGCUGUUCGGCCUCAUUAUCGCCGGUCUGCUCAGUACCGCACGAUGCCAAGGAGGACACAUCCAAAAGCCAGAAGAUCGUGUAUCAAUCGCAGUAGCCAUCACUGCAGGGACCUUAGCGUCGAGUGGACUCGCAAUGUACGGCUGGACCGCACACCACGGUAUCUUCUGGGCGGCUCCUUUAGCUGGACUUGUGCUGUUCGGUCUGGGCCUUCUGCCUUUCACACUACCUCUCCAAUCUUACCUCGUGGACUGCUUCCCAAACCACACGGCAAGCGCUGAAGCAGCGAACGAGAUUCCAAGAUCUCUCGUGACGGGACUAUUACCACUGGCCGGACUGGCGCUCUAUGACAACUUAGGAUUUUCCGUGGGCAACACGUUGCUUGCUGGUGUCACAGCUGCAGCCAUAUUGGGUCCAAUUGUUUGCAAGAUCUGGGGAGAGGGUCUCCGGGAACGUUUCAAGUUGGAGCUUUGA